AUGGUUAUGGCAACAGCUGUCGUCGAACAAUUUGCACCGGUUAUAUUUAAAAAUAACCACGCACUCAAUGAUUUCAAGAAGAAUCCCUUCUUGGAGCAUCAUCACAAUGGCGCUGUUUUCGCUAAACAUUUGAUCGGCGAUGCUCUCCGACGACGUGUCGAGGGUAUCGACCAUGAAAGUUGCGAACCGGGAGACGAGGAUACAUUCUUCGUGGGCGAUCUUGGCGAGGUCUACCGCCAGCACAUGCGGUGGAAGAAGAAUCUGCCACGCGUGAAGCCAUUCUACGCCGUCAAAUGCAAUCCCGACCCUCGAGUCAUCCAACUUCUGGCUGGACUCGGCACUGGCUUCGACUGCGCCUCCAAGUCAGAGAUUGAGCAGGUCCUGGACAUGGGCGUUGAGCCUGAACGUAUCAUCUACGCUCAGCCCUGCAAGACCAAUUCAUAUGUGCGGUACGUCGCCAGCAAGGGCGUGAAGCAGAUGACAUUUGACAAUGCCGAUGAGCUCCGUAAGAUUGCCAAGCUGUUUCCCGAUGCCGAGCUCUACUUGCGCAUCCUGACCGAUGACUCGUCGAGCUUGUGCCGGCUCAGCUUGAAGUUCGGCGCCUCCCUCGAUACGACCGACGAUCUUCUGGCCUUGGCCAAGGAACUCGGCCUCAAUGUUGUUGGCGUCAGUUUCCAUGUCGGCUCUGGCGCUUCAGACCCCAUGGCUUUCCUAAAGGCCGUUCAGGACGCCGACGUUGUUUUCAAGCAGGCCUACGCGCAUGGCUUCGACUUGAAGACUCUCGAUGUGGGUGGCGGCUUCAUCGGCGACACGUUUGAGGAUAUGGCUUCCGUUCUACGCGAUGCCCUCGACGAGUACGUCCCACCCCACGUCAAUAUCAUCGCUGAGCCAGGCCGAUAUUACGUCUCGUCAGCAUUCACCAUUGCCUGCAACAUCAUUGCGCGUCGUACCAUUCAGGACCCAGCCACUGGUGAGGCCAGCUAUAUGACUUACAUCAACGACGGCCUUUAUGGAAACUUCAGCAGCAUCAUGUUUGACCACCAGCAACCUGUUGCUAAGGUCCUGCGCACCGGCCAGCGAACCUUGUACAACACCCCCUCUGCGGAGGCCUUCCCUGAGGGAGUCGAUGCUGGGAUUGAGCACUCCAUUUGGGGCCCCACUUGCGAUGGUAUUGACCGCAUUACCGAGAGCAUCCGCUUCAAGCAAGAACUCGACGUCGGAGACUGGCUGUAUUUCGAGGACAUGGGCGCCUACACCAAGUGCUCGGCAACGAAGUUCAACGGCUUCUCCGAUGCCCACGACGUCAUCUACGUCUGCAGUGAGCUAGGAGCUCGUGCUCUCCUAGGGAUGUAA